UUUAUCGCUGGAAAGCAAAUGCUAUCCUCGUCGACUUCACUAAAUGCAAAGGAAAUCGACUUGAACGAUCCGAAGCAGUUAGCACUGCAUAAGCUCUAUCGUCCCGAGAGAGUCACACCUCGAGAACGAGGCUACGAUCUUCUUAAGAAUCCGAGACUUAACAAGGCAACGUUUGAUUGCAAUAAUGGCGUUCACGGUUUAUUGCCGCCGGCAUUUAUGACUGAAGAACAGCAAGCAUAUCGGGUGAUGAAGAAGCUUCGUGAACAACCUGACAACCUGUCUAAGUAUAUCCAACUGGAUGAACUGCAAAACCGUACUGAGAAGCUCUUCUACCGUGUUCUUUGCGAUAAUGUCAAAGAACUGAUGCCGAUCGUUUACACACCAACCGUCGGUUUAGCGUGCCAGAAAUUCGAUCGAUUGCUUUUUAGAGGUCUUUAUGUGACCGUGAACGACAACAGCAUCAGUAAAAUAUAUCAAAUUCUCAGCAAUUGGCCGGUUUCAAAUGUUCAGGCAAUCGUUGUCACCGAUGGGGAACGAAUUCUCGGUCUAGGUGAUCUUGGUUGCUAUGGUAUGGGUAUCCCGGUUGGAAAAUUGGCUCUCUAUGUGGCGUUGGCAGGGAUUCAACCGCAAUGGUGCUUACCAGUUGUGAUCGAUGUCGGUACGGAUAAUCAGAAGUUGCUUGACGAUCCGUUUUAUACCGGUUUACGUCGUCGACGAGUUCGAGGACCCGAGUAUGAACUUCUUCUUGACAACUUCAUAAAGGCCGUUACUAAACGGUUUGGGCGACAUACAUUGAUUCAAUUCGAGGAUUUUGCUUUCGAGAAUGCUUAUAUGUUGUUGGAUCGUUACAAAAACGACUAUUGUGUCUUCAAUGACGACAUUCAAGGCACAGCAUCAGUGGUUGUAGCCGGUUUAUUGGCCACGACAAGGGUGACAGGACAAAAACUCUGCGACCAAAAACUAGUGUUUUUUGGGGCUGGAGAGGCGGGUCUUGGUGUGGCUGAAUUAUGCGUAAGUCAAAUGGUGGAUGAAGGCCUCGAUGAAACAGAAGCGUGUGACAAAAUCUAUAUGAUGGACAUCAACGGUCUGAUCACCAAGAGCCGUCAUAUGUCGCUGUCGGACCGACAUGGAAGAUUCGCUAAGGAAGCUCCUGUGUUCUUGUGGAGUUCAUUCUACAGCAGUGUUGCUCCAUCUGUCGUCUGUUCUUCUCACUAUGUGACCAGCAUAUCUGUUUCGCUAUCAAAGUGUGUUCUCCUGGGUCUCAAAGAUGAGAUAGAUUUCGAAGGCCAUAGCUUCGCAUUCUGGCCAGAUGUUAUGUGUGCCAGUUAUAUUCAAGAAGAUAUCGUUCAAGCGCUUUGGGCAUCUACCGUCCACGGAGCUUUUACUGAGGAUAUCAUUCGCGAAAUGACAAAGAUCAACAAGCGACCGAUUAUUUUCGCAUUAUCGAAUCCAACCGAUAAAGCUGAAUGCACAGCCGAAGAAGCCUAUCGAUAUUCUAAUGACGUUGAAUACAAUGGAAAAGUUUUCAAACCUGGUCAAGGGAAUAACUCGUACAUAUUUCCGGGAGUUGCACUCAGUGCAAUUGUGUUCAAAGCAAAGCACAUACCAAACAAAGCUUUCUUACUUGCUGCUAGGCGUUGCGCUCAAAGUGUCACAAAGAAGUCGCUAGAAGAAUAUUCUCGAUUAUAUCCACGACUUAAAGAUAUUCGAGAACUAUCAGUACAUAUCGCAAUCGAUGUUGGAAAAUAUCUCUAUGAAAACAACUUGGCUACGCUUCAUCCACAGCCAGAAGAUAUGGAAAUGUACGUCCGUUCACAGUUAUACUCCGUGGAGUACGAUGAGCUCAUCAAUAAGACUUAUGAUUGGCCUCCACGGGACUUCUUUUCUAUAGUGACAGUUACGACUUUGUACGAUGUGAUUUGUUGGGUGAGCAGGUCGAAACAUUCAAUACGCAUGUCUGUUGCGUCGUUAUUAUUUGACAUAGUGAGAGUAGAGCUGAGCAUAGUAGAGCUUGAUCAAGGGAAUAAACUUGAUAUGGUCAAGCUCAAUGUAAGAAGACCCGUAUUCUUCUCCACAACGUCAAAAUACGCUGCACGACUCUACCAAGAAGAUCUCUCAGAUCCGAAUGUAUUAACCCUAUACAAACUGUAUCGUCAAGAACGAAUCACGCCACGUGAGAAAGGAUACGAUUUGCUCCGCAAUUCACGUAUAAAUAAGGGCUUGGCGUUCUCCCUUGAAGAACGGCAUUAUCUCGGUCUUCAUGGUCUUCUUCCUCCAACGUUUAUGAACGAGGAGCAACAAGUUUACCGGAUCAUGAGCCAUUUUCGUCAACUACCUGACGACCUUUCAAAGUACGUUAUUUCGGGUAUUUAUAUAACCAUUAACGACAACAGUAUAAGUAAAAUUCAUCAGAUUUUGUGUAAUUGGCCUGAACGCGAUGUGAAGGCUGUCGUUGUGACUGACGGGGAGCGAAUUCUUGGCUUGGGCGAUCUCGGUUGUUAUGGAAUGGGAAUACCAGUAGGGAAACUGGCACUCUACGUUGCUUUGGCCGGAGUGCAACCACAAUGGUGUCUGCCAGUUCUGAUCGACGUCGGCACCAACAACGAGAAACAUAUUGAAGAUCCGCUCUACAUUGGUCUUCGACGAAAACGGGUUCGUGGUGAAGAAUAUGACAGGCUUAUUGACAACUUCAUGAAGGCAGUUACGAAGCGAUUCGGAAACCAAACACUGAUUCAGUUCGAGGACUUUGGUUUUGAUAACGCUUUCAAACUUCUAGACAAGUACAGAGAGGACUAUUGUGUUUUUAACGACGACAUUCAGGGCAAGGAUGAUUUAACUAUUAUUUAUGUUUAUCGAUUGCCAUUCAAAAUUUUCUACCUAAAUAUCAGGAACUUAUUGUUCAUAUUAGUUGACUGUUGGUAG